AUGGCUGAGAAAAACACAGUCGCCAAUCUACACUGGCAGCGUUGGCCCCUUCAAAUCUGGCGGGGUCUGCACAGUUUGCAUUCAAGAAAUAUUGCCCACGCGGAUCUCAAGCCCGGUAACAUCGUCAUCGAUGACUGCGGGAACGCAGUCGUCAUUGAUAUAAGCGGCAUUGGCGGAGUCACGUACGAAUUGCGUGCACCGGAGAUCUGUUUCGAAGCAUCACAGGCCUCGCUCGAAGCUGAGAAGCUGAGCGGCAUCUGGGCGUAUGGUAAAAAGAUGUCGACGAUUGCGGAGAGAUACCCAGUGUCGCAAUGGCUGCGAGAGGUUGCAGCAACCACCCAUGUGUGGAUCCUCCAAACUACGCCCGGGAUCUCGGUUCGAUUAUUUCUGAGCUGGAGAGGCACGCUGCAAUGA